UUCCCCAUUUUUAGCGUAUCUGAGCGAGCGAGAGGUAGAGGGAGAUUGAGAACCUCCCUUUGUGAUCUCCGUCUCGAAAGCAAAAGAGAAAGACAUAGGUGCUCUCAUCUCUUUUCCGUCUUCUCUGUGAUCUUCGUCUUCGUCGCGAUAUCUCUUCACACUAGGUCUAUAAAAGAUGGCUGAUGCCGAGGAUAUUCAACCUCUCGUCUGCGACAAUGGAACUGGAAUGGUCAAGGCUGGAUUUGCAGGUGACGAUGCUCCCAGGGCAGUGUUUCCCAGUAUUGUUGGCCGACCACGACACACUGGUGUCAUGGUUGGGAUGGGCCAAAAGGAUGCUUACGUAGGAGAUGAAGCCCAGUCUAAAAGAGGUAUUCUCACUUUGAAAUACCCCAUUGAGCAUGGUAUUGUCAGCAACUGGGAUGACAUGGAGAAGAUUUGGCAUCAUACCUUCUACAAUGAACUCCGUGUUGCCCCUGAAGAGCACCCAGUGCUUCUAACAGAAGCACCCCUUAACCCUAAGGCCAACAGGGAAAAGAUGACUCAGAUUAUGUUUGAGACCUUCAACGUGCCCGCUAUGUAUGUGGCUAUCCAGGCCGUUCUGUCUCUCUAUGCUAGUGGUCGUACAACAGGUAUUGUGCUGGAUUCUGGUGAUGGUGUUAGUCACACUGUGCCAAUCUAUGAAGGGUAUGCCCUUCCCCAUGCAAUCCUUAGGUUGGACCUUGCUGGUCGUGAUCUCACGGAUGCCCUCAUGAAGAUCCUCACAGAGAGGGGCUACUCUUUCACCACAACUGCUGAACGGGAAAUUGUCCGGGACAUGAAGGAGAAACUUGCUUAUGUUGCCCUUGAUUACGAGCAGGAGCUGGAGACUGCCAAGAGCAGCUCCUCCGUGGAGAAGAGUUAUGAGCUUCCUGAUGGACAGGUCAUCACAAUUGGAGCUGAGAGGUUCCGUUGCCCAGAAGUCCUCUUCCAGCCAUCACUAAUUGGAAUGGAGGCUGCCGGAAUUCAUGAAACUACCUACAACUCCAUCAUGAAAUGUGAUGUCGACAUCAGGAAGGAUCUCUAUGGAAACAUUGUGCUCAGUGGUGGGUCAACAAUGUUCCCUGGUAUCGCUGACCGUAUGAGCAAAGAGAUCACAGCACUUGCUCCCAGCAGCAUGAAGAUCAAGGUGGUUGCACCUCCCGAAAGAAAGUACAGUGUCUGGAUUGGGGGAUCCAUCCUUGCUUCCCUCAGCACUUUCCAGCAGAUGUGGAUCUCCAAGGCUGAGUACGAUGAGUCUGGUCCAUCAAUUGUUCACCGGAAGUGCUUCUAAGUUUAAUGAAGGGCAUUCAGUGGUGAGUACUUUUAUUUUUGCAGUUGGCUUUCCGUGUCGUGUCAAGUGAACUCAAUUUGGUUGAGCCGAGGUGGGAGGAGAGAUCUGCCAUAAUAUUUGCUCUGCUUCAUGGUGGGGUUGAUAAUCCAAGUACUUGUAUGUGGUGGCUGAUUGGUUGUGGAGCACAGAUUAUACCUUUUGGUAUCUUUGGCUUCUCUUUGUUAUCUCUGAUACAGCCAUUGUAGUAGUAGGAGAGAGACUGUGAUGUUUGCUAAUCCUUCAGGAUUUUUGUUUUUUAAUUUUUCUUUUGGGAAAGGGUUUUGGGGACAGGUCUGUUAAUAUUUAUUGUAUGAGAAAAUUUGAUUUUAGUGUCAGCUUGCGGUUAUGAACUAUUUUUAAAAGUUAAUAUAUAUAUGGUGUUGUAAGCA